CUGACCUCUGACGUCACGACCGCGCCGUAACCAGGCGCGGUUUCCGUGGUGACGGGGAUUUGCGUCCUGCUUGAGUCUAGGUGAAGUGAGGCCUCCGGAAUCGCAGAGAGGAGACAAAAUGUCCAUACUCACUUCUCCCAGAGGAAAGGCAGAAGUGGUUCACUGCCGAAGAACAGAAUCACAGGAUAUUUAUUGUAUCCAAAAACUCAUUAGAAAAUUUACCCAGAAGCUUUUUGGAAGGCUUAAUAUCAUCUAUCUUCUCGAGAAAGCAAACCUGGCCAUCACCCUGUGCAAUGACAGAGAGGAGAUCAUGGCCCAGGCCACUUUCCUGGACUAUCCCAAUUGGAAUGUGGCCACACCCGAGGCCUGGCCAUCAGUGUUCCGAGAGCUUGACAGCGACAUCCCCUGCACGCCCCUGAACACACUGUUCCUGCACCUCUUUGUGGCUGUGAACGAGUACUCCGUGGGCUGCUGCAAAGAGAUUAUCCGGACUGUGUUUAAGGCAGUGCCGGACCUGCACUUCAUCUUUCUUAUAGUGCCGUCUUACAUGAGCCUAGGCUCAACUCUCGUCACUGUUUUUAAUCCAGUGGGGAGCGUGCCAUGUCUGACGUUCAAUGAGGACUUUGCAGUGUAUGUGUGUCACAGGCACAGCCACUACCCGCAGCUGCACAUUCGCAAAGCCAGGGUGGAGGACCACGAUGACCUCAUGCCGAUAUUUAUGCGCCACGACACCGUUCUGAAGGACACGUAUGGCGAGUACUUCCUGGCUGAGCUGAUAGAGGCCCAGGACCAGGAGAACCAUGCUGUAGUGUGCGAGGUGGAAGGCGUGGCCGUCGGCUUCAUGAGUGUGUGCUCCAGAGUGAAUCUGCGGCUGCUGCAUGAAUGUUUCGACCUGGGGCCUUUCCACGGAUUCUGCAUCCCACACCCCGAAGAUAUCCUGGAGCCUCCCAAAGAACCCAGAAGCGCAGAUGCUGCGCUCAGGGCAGAUAGCCAGGGUACCCAGAGGACAGCCGAGAAGCCCCCGGUUCCGGCCUCUCCAGAAGCCACAGGGAGCACCCAGGAAAAAGUCAUGGAAGAACCUGAACCCCUCUCAGAAGCCCACAGUGAAAAUGCCAGUGAAAUACAGGACAUGGAUAAACUCAAUCUGCUCUCCCACAUCACUGAGCAAGAAUAUAAUGCCAGCCGCUGGAGUUUAGCAUCCAUCCUGCUGCCUGAGGAGCCGGGCCGCUUCCGCCCAGUCUACAGAGGGGACGCCAGUGUGUUCUGCAUUCAACUCUUUUGUAUCGAUGAGAAGUAUGAGGCAAGGUCGCUGGAUUUUAUGAAUUUCGUCUUCAGUCUCUUUCCUGGCAAGAACUUCUGCAUCAUUUCGGUGCCCCAACUUACCCCUGAGUUUGCCCUCAUCCAGAACUUCGUGAAGGUCAUCCCCUUUGAUGACUGCACACUCCAGCAUGACCUCUACGUCUUCCACCGGGCCGGGCUGUUCAAGUCCAUUACUGUAAGAUUAGCCAACCGUGCAGACACGCCCGGUGUAGAGCAGCUGUUGAGCUCCCUCAUGCUGAGCCAAAGCAUCCUAGAGGACCUGGCGCAGUACAACGAGGCCCGCAGAGACCCGGAUGGAACACCACUGCAGGCAUUUGUGGCAGAAGUGGCGGAACAGGUCGUUGGUAUUGCAGUGAUCAGAAACGAAAUGGACAUCGAGUACAUACGCUCCCACUACAACAUCGAAGACUUCAUCUACUUCAACCACCACCAGCGGGACGAGCACGGGCGUCUGCACCACUUGGCCCUGAACCCCGCCUUCCGGCACUACACAAAGUUCUUCCUGAAGGAGAUCCUUCGCCUGGGCUCCAAGACCUGUCUCUACUACCCCGUGUACCCACAGACCCGGGAGGGCAAACUGCAGAGCCCCUAUGCCCACUCGCUGACAUCUGCCCUUCAUUACUUGGUUCCCGUGCGACCACGACGACAGAUUGUCUAUCCUCUGGAAAAGCUUGGCAUCAACGCUCCAUCAAAGGCGGUCUCCAAGGACGCGUUGGGUUAUGCCUUGAACCAUACAAACAGAAAGCUAACAUUGGAACCUAAAAUAACUGUCAAUGCCAGGAUUGUUGUGGUUGGUGCCUCCAGUGUUGGAAUUUCCUUCCUAGAGACAUUGGUGUUUUGCUCUCACCUGAAAUUUAAUAAUCUCACCCUGAUUUCAACACAUGGACUCCCAGGAAAGAAACUUCUGGGGAGUGAACAAAGGAAGUUUUUGGCAAGCGACCACUGUUUUAAUGAUAAAGAUUAUGCACUGAUGUCACUGUGCUCCUGGGUCAACGUGGUGGUGGGCAGAAUGACGGGCAUAGACCGGGCAGCCAAGCACGUUGUGGUAUCCAAGGACAGAGCUGUGCCAUACGACCACCUCAUCCUGUGCACCGGGCAGCAGUACCAGGUCCCAUGUCCGACAGGCGCUGACAUCAGCCAGCACCCCACAAACCGAGAGAUCCCCACCAGCAGCAAGAUGCAUUACUCGGGACAAGUACCCUGCAAUCUGUUCACACUCAAUGAUGAGGAUGACUGCAUGAAGGCCCUGACUUGGAUCCGGAGAAACUCCAUUGCUACAGAAGGGAAUGUCAUUGUCUAUGGAAAUACGAUUGACGCCUACACCACCGUGGAGACUCUCUUGAACCUGGGUGUGAGAGGCACUUGCAUCUACCUCGUGCACACUCCGUCCAAGUCCACGGUCACCUGCAUCAACAACUACUCAGUAGAGAGAGCAGUGGAGGAGGCACUGGAGGCAGCCGGUGUCACCACCUUCCAGGAUGCCAUCCUGGCCCAGUGGAACCAGGGCCUGAAACCUGACCCCAUCUGCUGCGCCAGCUUCACCACACCCACCAAGCCUUUCCAGCUGCAGUGUGCUAUGUUCUUCAGCUUCUGUGAGAAGAACGUGGACUAUGAGACUUUCAAAGCCUUGAACGACGCGUGUCUUGUCUAUGAUGGCCGACUUGUGAUUGACACCAACUUCCACACCAACGACAUCGCCAUCAGGGCCGCCGGCCCUCUCACCAAAUUCUCUAACAGAUACUAUGCCAAUGACUGGACUCACAGCAACUUCAGUUCCAAAGAAGUGGGCUUUCAGCUGGCGGCCACCAUGCUCAAUCUCUUCGAUCCAACCCUUGAGCCUGUGAUGGAGCCACCAGCUGACCUGGACCGCCUCAUCCCCAUGUACAAGGGAGCCAAGAUCCAAGGGGGCAUCCUUCCUGGGGCCUACCACUACCUGCACAUCACCAAGCCAGCCAUCCCCACUGCUCUGGAGGUGCAAAGGACCCAGUCUGACUUUGGUUCAGAAAUAGUGACAGGUAGCGCAAAAGCUGGGACCUACUUCUGGAUUCACAUCAACAAGUAUAAAAUGGUGGAAGAUAUCACAUGUCUCUCCCGAGAGCCUUUCCCAGUCUCCAACUACAUCCGCCUGUUCGGCCAGCAUGAACAAGCCCUCAAUGACCUGUGUGCACGUUACAACAGUGGCCGGAUCUCAGAUCUCUACAGCUACUUCAUGGAGCCCUGGUGCAUGGCCCUGCUCCACGAUCGCUUUAUCGACCUCAGGAAGGAGCUGCGCCAGGUCCUGGCCUCCAAGCAGGAGGAGGGCAUGCCAUCCAUAGAGCAGCUGGUGCGCCAUAUCGAGGAGGAGGAAAUCUACCUCAAGGAGGAGCCCCAGACAUACCUCAGGCGAGUCUUCCAGGAGACCAUCUACCGACCCCUGGUGGAGAAGAGGAUCCUUGACUACCUGCACUACAACCGCUACCACCUGCCCAUGUACGCCUGGCCCGGCAUCAUCUAGGCAGCACCUGGCCGGCCGGGCGAGCCGCGGCGACCCCUCAGGUCGCAGGCCUGUAGUUCCCUCUUGUCCCAGUAGGUGGCGCGCCGCCGUGCGUCUCCACCCCGCGGGGCAGAGCCCUUCCCGACACCAGGCCUGUGCCUGGGCAGAUGAAUCCCCUUUAGCAAAUAAACCGGCUCAUACUCAUUUCUGCCUUGGGCGUGAUCCUGGGUAUGGUUCAUCCGUGGAACGCUCGCCACCGACCUUGUUAGUUCUUAGCAUGUUUAACCAACAAUCCUUGUGGGUGAUUAAAAAAAAUCGUAUGUCCAGAACGGAAAAUCUAUAAACAGCUGAUGAGAAAUUAAAUCCUGAGCCUCACAUCAGAUGGAAUAAUUGGACAGUAAAGCUUCCUUGACCUUUCAAAAUAAGGAGGCUGUGAUCACAUUCCCUGUAUUUUUAAUUCUUAUUCCCCUUCAUGAGCACAGAACCGCAGAAAAACUGGAAGAUCCAGCCAUCCACACAAGGGCUUUAGAUACACAGUGGCAGAGGGAAAUUCACCUAGCUCAUCUUUGAGCCGGAGCAGUGUUGCUCCCUGGGGUGGGGGGAACCCCUGGUACCUGUCACCUAUAAUGUGGAUCAGAAACUCACUUUUACAAACAAAGCAAAUUAAUUGCUCACUGGACAGCAAGUGCGUUCAGGAACCAGCCCUGCCCACACAAAAGACUGCUUCCGCUUAUUAGGGUCGCUUAGCACAGGGGUGCCACAGUUUUUUUUUUUAAUCAACAGCAAGGAUUAAAGUUUUCAUGAACACAAUUCCAGUUUUCGUUGAUAUUUUAUAUGUAUGUUAACAUCUAGCAAAAACUGGCAC